CUACCAUAAACAUAUAUAUAUAGCCGCCCCCUGCAUGUUUCAAACUUAAUAAUGAUCUGCCUCAUUUUACUGCUUCAUUUUCUUCAAAAUAAGAAUAAAAAUUUAACUGUUUAAACGUAAAACCUAAAUUCAAUUAAUUCAAUUAAUUAUUUUUCCUAACUAUGACGUCAUUUAAUGAAUGGAUUGAUAUGAAAAUAAAUGAUGGUGAUAUACAUUAUGUUGAAUAUAAUGAGUUCAGUUGUGUGAAAAAUGUUGGAGAAGGAUCAUUUGGAAUUGUAGAAAGCGCAGAUUGGAAAAGUCAUGGAAUUAAAAUAGCAUUAAAGACCCUUAUAGAUCAUUCUUCAGUUGACGAAAAUAGUAUGAACAAGUUUGUUAAAGAGUUAAAGAAUUUAAAGAAAGCCAGUUUUCAUCAAAACAUAAAUAAAUUUUUUGGAAUUUCAAAAGAACCUUUAUCAAAUAAGUACGCAAUGGUAUUAGAAUUUGCUAAUCAAGGAAAUUUAAGAGAAUAUUUAAAAAAUAGUUUUAAAUUUCUUCAAUGGAGUGAUAAAAUUCAGAUGUCCUUAGAUAUUGUAUGUGGAUUAAAAUAUUUACAUUCCGAACAAAUAAUUCAUAGAGAUUUGCAUGCAAAAAACAUAUUAGUUGAUAAUAAUAGACUAAUGAUCGCAGACUUUGGAACAUCUAAAUAAUUAUCAGAAUCUACGUCUAAUUCAACAAAUUCAACGGCUAAUGGAUUAGGAAUGGCUGAAUAUAAUGAACCACAACUUUUUAAGAUUAUCAAUUACAAAAAAGAUAAAAAAUCUGAUAUUUAUAGUUUAGG